AUGGACAGACAGGUGAUAUAUGCUGAUUUAAACAUAUCCAGGGAUGCUGGCCUUGAAAGCUCAUCACCCCCAUCUCUUCCUCAGAAUGUCUGUCAGGGUCCACCUUGGCAUAAAUUUGCUCUGAAACUUAGUUGUGCUGGGAUUAUUCUUCUUGCCUUGACUGUGAUUGGGUUGAGUGUUUCAGUAGUGAUAUUCUCAAGACAAAAAUCAUCAAUAGAAAAAAGCAGCAUGGAUGCUCAAGAGAACAGGAAGGAAGCAACAGAGAAACCGGUUCCGUUAAAGUGCCCAACAAACUGGCAUCUAAUCCGAGAUAAGUGCUUGUUUUUUUAUGAGACUUUAAAACCUUGGAAUGACAGUCUAACCGACUGUUCCACAAAAGAAUCCAGUCUGCUGCUUAUUCAAGAUCAGGAAGAACUGAGACUCAUACGAAACCUGAUAGACAAAGGAGGAAUGCUAUUUUGGAUUGGAUUAAAUUUUACGUUAUCAGAGAAGAACUGGAAGUGGACAAAUGGAUCCCUUUUGAAUUCUAAUAUAUUACAAAUUACUGGUGAUGCUAAAGAGGACAGUUGUGUUUGUAUCUCAAUGACACAAAUUCUUUCUGAGAACUGUGCUACAGAAAAUAAAUGGAUCUGUCAAAAAGAACUAAAAUCUGUCAGAAAUAAAGUAUGUUCUGCCACUUGA